AAAACGUUUGGAGAUGCUCUUAUCAAUAGUUUGCAAAUUUGUUUUUAUAAAAAUCGAGUUGGACAAAUAUAAUCUAGUCUGAUAACUUUGUAAAUUACCCAAAAAAAACCAUGAUCAUCGAUCCCAUGGAAUCUUCAGAUCUGCAGCUUAGAUAGAAAGAGAGACAGGGGAAAUCACGGUGCACUAGCAAGAGAAGAAAGAAGCUUUCAGACAGCCAUUGAAGUAACAGAAGCUGAACCAAAAUCUCACAUAUGAGUGCUGGUGGAGCAUUUGGUGGGAAUAGGGGACUGAGACCAGUGCCACCCGAAAAAGGAGUCUUCCCUUUAGAUCACAUGCAUCUAUGUGACCUGGAGAAGAAAGAAUACAUCAAUUGUCUCAAAUCCGGUGGUCAUAAAUCUGAAAAGUGUAGGCACUUCUCCAAAAAGUACCUUGAAUGUCGUAUGGAAAAGAACUUGAUGGCAAAGCAAGACAUGUCAGAACUCGGAUUUGGAAAGGGAGGUGAUGUUGAAGCUUCUGAAGAGAAAAAAGAGGGGAUGAUAGAUAAUUGAACAACUUUGCCGGUUUUUGUGAAAGCUUGAAGAGCUUUUUUGUUGUACCUGACUUUCUGGAUUAUUCUUUCAAUACAACGAUACUUUUCAUGUUAAGAACACUUUGUAAAAUAACGUGAAUACAAAACAUUACGAGUUUUAUGGUAGCAUUUAUGUUACACUUAGAAAAAUACAGAAGCUAUGAAAUGGUUCGUUGUUUUGUA